AUGAUCAAAAUUGAUAAAGUAUUAGAAAUCAACGUGCGCGAUUUUGCGCGCGACUUGAAUGUCUUUUAUGAGAAAAGUAAGGCCAUUCGGAACAUAGGACGAACGGAAAAUGCUCGAAAGGGAUGUUGCUUCGACAGAAGAACCGUGUCCAAGUAUGGAGACACAGUCACUAUUUCUUUGGAAAAGCACAUAUUCAUUUGUAUCCGGCGAAGCAACACCUGGAGGGUGUUCCGGCACAACAGUUCCCACAAAAUUGACAAAUGCGUGUGCAUUGGUGAAUCAGACGUGCUCGUACUGCAGAGGAAUAAUAACAUUUCCGUGCAGAUAUUCGAACGCAUUGAUAAAAACAAGCAGUUAAACGAAAUAAGAUUGUUGAGGAAACAUGACCUCUCAUCAAGUGCCCUUUUCUUCUGGGUAUAUCAGGGUUCCAUUUACUUUGUCGACCGAAAUGGGGUACUAUGGGCAACAGAUGUCGAGGAGUGUCUGAACGUCGGCAUUUCCUCAAAGCAGAUCGAACAUUUUCACUUCGAAAAAGGAAACCAAGUGUAUUAUUUUAAGGUAAAAAAUGAGGACACCCUAAUUAUUGCCCACUGUGAUGACGAACAGGGGAAGGAAGUCUAUACAAUUAUAUACAACAUUUCGAGUAAGCAAUUGGAGCAAAUCCAUUUGAGUAUCCCCCCUGGAGUCAACCUGGAGGAUGAUAAAGCAAAAUAUAUUAGUUGCAUCGAUUUUAACGACAGCUACAUUGUAGUGCUCUUUAGCACAAAUGAACUGGUUAUUUACCAAAAGGAAGAAAAGAUGAACAAAUACAAAUUGUUUAAAUACUUGGACAAGAAUAAAGCAAGCGUCAUGAAAUAUUUUAAAAAUAGAAACUUGCACGAAGUGGAGGAAUGUACAUCGAGUCACGUAUCUAACAAUGCAGACAAGGUUAACAGAAUUUCCUCCCUUCAUAUGUGUGAGGACAAUACCCUGCUGUUAACAUACAGCGAGCGCUUCCUCCCCGACGUAGAGGAGAGUGGGGGCCAUAACAAGUAUACCUCACUCGUGAAGAGCGCCACAAGCAUGUUAAAUAUGUACUGCAAGGAGAUAGAAAAAAUUUUCUUCUUGCCCUUCCUUUAUCAAGACAAGCUCAACAAUAACUCCCUCCUGUACGACAUCAAUGAGCAUUUAAUUAAAAGUCACAGUAUGCACAUGUGCUCUGUGAACCUACAGGGUGUGCACACCAACACGGACAUGGUAAACCUAGACGAUGAGAUUUACUCCCUGUAUGGAGAGACAAUUCAAAUUUUGAACAAUAGGUUAUCUGGGAUGGGAUGUCUCACAAAUGAGCAAAAUUGGACGGGCUCUCCAGACGACAGAGACGGAGAACGAAGGAGGGAAGAGUUUCUAAACCUAAGAGCAUACCUAGACAUACACGACAUAAAUCAAAAUAAAAGAAAAAUAUUUAUGAAUGGAUUAAGUGAGGACGCCUCUGAAAAGGGCUUCCUGAACAUGGAUUUUUUAAAAGAUAUAACAAAAAAUAAAGGUCUAUCGGAUAAUGUACAGGCAUGUAGCAACUUAUAUCUGUGCAGUUUAGAUGACUAUUAUGUGAUGCUGGAAAAUGCAGAAGACGAUUUUAAUGUAAUUUUGUAUAAAGUAAAAUUUCUGAACAUGUCUGAAUUUUUAAUUCAUUUAUUUUUUUAUAACUACCACGAUGGCCUGUUGGCAGCUGAGCAGAAUGGCAUGUCGUCUUUGCAUCAACUCUUCGUUUACUCCGUUUAUGACUACGGGGGAAGGUAUUUCGAGGCACCCCUAAGCGAUUUCCAGUGCCUCUUCAAAAUUAAGAACCUUUUUGACUUCCUGGAGAGAGCCGUGACGUAUGAUCCGUUUCUUUUCAGAGAUGAAGACGACCCCAACAUAAUAGAAUUACUCAAUUUGAAAAACAACGGAAUCGGCCAGUACAGAUAUGUUCUCACGAAUCUUAACAAAAAGGAGGAAAACAAUAAUUACCACAACAUGUUUUAUCUCCUGAACGAAUCAGGCGAUAGAGAGAUCACUUCGAAAUAUGUGAAUAAAUAUUACAAGGUGAAAAAGGUACGUAGUGAAAACUCGAUGCAGCAUGUAGACAUAAACGUACAGAUGUUGAAGUUGAAAACUGUGUUGUGCGUUUCCCUUCGAGUUGUGCUGUACCUGUUGGAUGAGGCUCAGUCGGCCAGUGAUGUGAUACUAACCUCCGACGAGAGUAACGAUGGGCGCGACACGGACGAUGUGUUUGACAUCAACGAUGGGUUCGACAUCAACGAUGAGUUCGACAUUGCUGAAGGUCACCACACCGAUGAAGAGAGACACUUCCUCACGAGCAUGUUAAGAAAUAAGGUAAAGAAGCGCCGAAGAAAGGAACCCAAGUGUUCCGGCAAGGGUGGACAGGUCACUAGGCAAAUGAAUAGGCACACAUCACAACCUUCCAACGGGAAACAUUUUAAAGACGAAAGCGAUGGGGACAAUGCGAACAUGGACAGUGACAAUAAUGAGGAAGACGAAAAGCGAAUCAGCGAGAUAUGGGGAUUUUCAAUCGACCAAGCAGAUCUAAGUGGAUCUGAUAGCAGCAGUAAUGUUCAUCAGGGUAGCAACGUGGAUGAAAGCGUGGGAAGAGGGGGAGAAAGCAUCUCAUCAUCCAACUCAGUGAGAAGAAGUAAUGAACAGGUGAAGAGGAAAAUUCCUCAUAGUACCUUUCUGCACGACGUAGACUACAAUUGGCUCAGAGAAAACUUUGAGUCUGUAGAGAAAAACGAAAAUGUAAAAACGAAAUUGAAGAUGUACAGAAAGGAAAUAUUGCGGCAGAUUUAUAAGUAUAAAAUGUACAACUAUCUUAUGAAACUUCUGGAUCGAGAAAGACGGAGAGGAAGGAACGAAUCCGAUUGUGACACAAAAGGGGGACAAGACGGAACCCCCAAUUUAAAUUCCACCAACGAUAAAAAUUACAAUAAUAAGAAUAAACUGUCGGACAUUUUUAACAUCUUCAAGAAAAACAUAAAUGAUUCUACAAGCGUGGCAGAAAAGGAUAAUAUGAAUAGAACCACGAGCAGCGACGGGUUCAUUCAAAGUAACACAGAAUCUAAAUCCUCCAACAUCUACAUUUUGAGCUGGACGAAAUUUAAGUACUACUAUACCCCAUUUGAUAUUGUAAAAUAUUUUGUAAUAAAUCAAAAUUAUGUCUUAAUAAAAAUUUUUUACAAAUAUUUUCGUUUUUUUAUUAACCAUAAUUGGCAAAGGAUAUUUGAUUACAUUCCUGUGAAUACCAAAGUUGAGGAGUUUUUUUUUCUGCUCCCGGAGAUUAAAGCAUCGGAGAGUAAUAACCACCCUGGUGGGGUUGCUUCAGCUGGUGAAACUUCCCAGGAUGAAGAUACACAUAAUAAAGCAUCCAAUCCUAUGGAACAUGCAUGCGAUGAUGAGGGUAUCAUUUGUCCUUCGAACUUUGCAAAAGAUGAUGAAACAAAUGACGAAGAAGAAUAUGCGAAAUGGACCCGAGAAAAUGAACCCUCCAAAGGAUUUUAUAAUCAAUACGAAAUAUACUCUGAUGAUGAUGCCUUUUUCGAGUUAUUCUUGAGUAGAUGUAUUUCCAUAAUGAAGAGAACCAGGUUGGUUAAGAGUCGCCUCCUUGCAUUUGUCUAUGUCUGCCUGCAACAGAUAAAUGGUGAUAACAUUUAUGAACUCUUUAAGUACGACUCCUUGUUGAAGAAACUUACUUUUGACGAAUCGUAUUUUUGCGAAUCUCCCACUGUGGGAACCGUGUUAACCGUGGUGGAAGAAAACCCAAGAGCUGCCACACCAGAUGGGAAUACCCAGGGUAUAGGAGCUACACGAAGAGAACAUCCCAAAUUGCACGGUGAAAAUAUGGUGAAUAAUACCCCCAAUUUUUGUGAACCCCUUUGGAUAAAGAAGAAUCUAAAAGUACAUAUUAAAAAGGAGAAUAUGCAGAAGAAAAACGUGCUCCUUAUAUACAGCUUCUUCAUCCUCAUUAAGCUAUAUGUGCUUUGCAAAGAAAAUCAUAAAAAUAUGAAAUUGGAAAAUUUUCUCCUCAUGGAUAUGUACACCCGCUUGUGUUUGAUCCUGGAGUUUGACAUAAAAUACAUAUCGUUAGAAUUAGAACAGGAUGGCCACAUAAAGGUAUUUUAUAACAGUUUGCAGGAAUUUUUGGGCAACUAUCAUCUCAUCGAUGAACACAUCACAUCUUCUACUGGAACAUCCAAGUGUAAACUUUUCACAAAAGAGAUUGUCAAUUUGGUGUAUGAGAAACCGAAAAAUCUUUUCGAGAGUAUUUACUUCAAUUUGCUUUACUCCUCGCAACAAAUUUUUGUGUUAUUCUGUUUCAAGACAUUAAGACUGCUACAGGGGAGAAGCUGUCACCAGGGGGGUGUAUUACAGGGUGAAAAGAAGGAUAAAGGCACGUGGUCUACCCACCUAACGUUGGGAGAAAAUUUUCGUCAAGGAAAGAAUACAAUCCGCGGAAAUGCACAAGUGGUAGUAGGGCGAUAUAACCAAUCGAAGCGCAAAACUGAGAUUGACAAAAUUUUUGUUUUUCUGAAAUAUAUUUACUACGCAUACAAGCAUAGAGUCAUCUUGAGGAAUGAUUACGAGUUCGCCUUUUUAUUUCUGGUGAUCUUUUACAAAUACAUGCACAUUAACCUCUUGCACUUUAUUUCAAUUUUGGGGGAUUUUUACAACCUGUUGCCCAGGCAGAUAGUGGAGUGGACAGAAGGAGGUACCUCCCAACAGGGGGAGGAACUUUUCGAUCUGAAGGAGCUCUUCCACAACGGAGAGUGUAACAACAAAGCUGUAAUUUAUGAUGAACAUUUGAGUCGUAUUGUCGGGGGGGGUUAUGAGGAUGCAGGGGUGGAAAGUGAAUCUUCGGAGAGUCAAUCUCUCCAGGCUACCCCAACGGUGGAGAAACUUCUGGACGUUUUCGAAAAGGAUCUGAACGCCCUGGAGCUGAUCAAAUAUUUGAAGAAAGACUUCCCGCAUCAUGAGGAAGACGAAAUCAAGGUAGACAUUGACAUGAUUGUAAGCUCUCGAAAUAACAGAACUAAAACUGUAAUGAACAUUUUUACGUUAUUCAAAAAGAUAAUGACCUGCACGCAGUACAAGGAUACAAAUUUCACGAAGAACUGCUUUCAACUUUAUCACAACUUGUUUUACUUGGUAGAUGUUCACACCUUCUUUCACAUCCUGUUCUACAUCAUCCUCUUUCAUUCCAAUGACUUUGAAUAUUUAAGCAACCUUUUGAACUUUUUCCAAAGAUAUUAUCACCAUGUCGGUGGAGAGAAGUCGGAUUAUCUCAUAAAUUACCUCCUCCUAAGCAGAGCAAAAGUAGCGACCAUUAACGAAAAUUUUGAGCACCUCUACAAAUUUGUAAAAAAUAUAUAUUCUAAGAGAAUGUCAGGGUUGCUGUGCCACUUGGCCGACCAGAGGGAAGACCUUUUGGCGAACUUGAAAAUGUUGAAGUAUAUACAAAUUUUUGCAAAUCGAAAAGGAGAAAACGAAAAAGAGAGUGGUGGCAUUUCCUCCAUGAGUCGCUAUGUGUCCAGACAAAGCACACAUAAAAGUACAUCAAACGAAGACAUAUACAAAUCCUUUUCAAAAUUAAUUUCCCAGUCGUAUGAAAGGAUUGCCACGAAUGAUGUAAACAUUGAAGAUGUCGCAAAGAACAAAACGGAAAAUACUUACCAGCCCCCUUUUUACAAGAACAUUCUUUACGAUUCUUAUGUCAAGAUAUCCAUCGAAAAAAAUAAAUUUCUCAUCUUCAAAAACUUAAUGGAGAACGAUCUCACAAUUUGUUACAACAGAUGCAGAACAAUCAAGUUGAUUAAACUUUUACAAUUGGAGAGCGACCAUCUUAGGGAUUCUCUUCUCUUCGUUAUCUGCACCCUACAGCUACAUGGAAAGGUAAAUAUUCUUCUCUUUUACCUGAUUCUUUUUCUCAUUUUAUUUCAAAAUGAUGAAUUGGGAAAAGAGCAAAAGAGCCUUCUACACAGUGCCAUUAUGUUCUACGCCCAAUAUUCGAACCGAUCUGCUAGCUACGUAUACAAUUUCGGCAUGUCCCUCCUUUCUUACUUCUCUCUGAAUCAUCCUGGGUGUAUUCUCCAUCUGUACAAAUCGAUCUUCGCGAAAAGGGAGCAUUUCAAUCCUGCAUGGACACCCCAAAAAGGAGAGAAGCAAGACUCGAAUAACAUGCAUGAUAGCUUCCUCUCCGUGUAUGACUUUUUACAACAUAGUAAGAUUAAGUCUCACAGGAAGAAUGAUGAGGAUAGCAUAACCCAGGGGGAGAGUCGAAAUGUUACAAAAUGCCCUCCACAAGGGAGGUCUGCGAAAAGUGAUCAGAGAAGCGGAAAUAUAAACGAACCCACAAGUGAGCAUUCCCAUUUUGGACCAUCACGAGAUGAUGACGGGGGAGAGAUUAAUCCAAUUGCUAAGGUAUUCUGUAAACUGACAGACACGGUGGACUCUUCGAGGGGGGGAGUCCCCAAUGAAAGACACGGCAAGUCGCCCUUGGGGGAAUCACUCCACAUGGUGAAGGAGGAGCCCAUGGAUUCAUACGAGCAUAUUUAUGAUGAGGAAGAUAAUCUGGGUCAAGUAGAACUGGAAGUUGAAAUCGAAAUGUUUGAAAAGGAGAAGAAGAACCCCUUUGAGAAUGAAAUAGAUGAAUGUGAUGGUGUAUGGAGCAAGAGCCCCGGAGAAAAUGGCGUGUUUACUGAAGAAACUGACGAAGGCGACAAGGAGUUGGACCAAGUCGAAGAUAUUUUUGCGGGUACAGAUUUUGAGGAAAUGGGAGCAUCGUCUGGUGAAUCAGGCUGCGAAAGGGACGCCUCUAAAAUGGGUGAAGCGAACAAUACGGAUGAAACGGACGACGAGGAUGAAGCGAAUCCACCUAAUGACGACCAAGGAAGGGGACCCAUGGUAACCACGGUAACCCCUUCAGAGCGUCUAAGGCAGAUGAAAAACCAAGACGGGGGUAACAUAGAGGAGGGCGAAGAAAUUCCCCCAAAUGAUUUCCAUCAUAAUGAAAAAAAAAAUGAAAACAAUAGAAAUGCUCUUACGUAUGUACUAAUAAGAGCGCGCAGUAAGAUUAACAAAAAAAACGUGACAAAUUGGAACAUGGAUUCUAUCACGAGAACAGUGCGUUCAGUGAAGAGGGCCCUAAAGAGGAACGAAAAUAAUCUAAAGGGAAUGGAUAGCACUUUACAUGUGCAACAUUUCAAGAAGAAAGUAGGAGAGCAUCAGGACGAAAAACACAUCGGCCAUAAAAUCAGAAUUUACAAUUCUCUCCUGAGCAGUGACCCGUACUUUGCAUUUUUGUACUUGUUACAAGUUCAGGAUUACUCAUUUAUUUACACCUUCGUGAAGAAGAUCAUUUUGAAUAAUUCAAUUCUGAUAGAAAAAAAAAUAGCCACUAUUGAGAGGAUACUCUUAAGUAUUUAUUCCUUCUACGCACACAUGGGAGAAGCAAAGGAGGGACUCCAUUCUGAAGCCUUAAAAGGUAUCCCCCCAUUUUUAAAGAAAAUUAUCAACAUGUUGAUCAUUACGAAAUAUUUGCUCCUCCAGUUAAGUGCCAACAAUUUAAGGAAAAUUGAUUUGAAAAAACUUUUUGUUGAGGAUAGCUAUAAAAAACUGCUAGUGGAAAAAUUCGAUAAAGAGAGGUGUGAGAAAAUUUUACAAAUUUUGAUUAAAAUAGGAGACAUUUCGAAAGUGAAUCUUCUCCAUAUGAAUGUUCAUAUAGAAAAGAAUAGACACACUGUUGUGUAUGACUUACGAUGGAGAGAUGGACCCAAAGAAAUUGGUGGUAGCAUGGUGGAAAAGGAACUCAGUGAGAAGAACAUCAUUACAGAAAACCCCAAUGAACAUAAGCGCUUUCAGGUUUUAUUCGAAAUUGAGGUGGAAAAACAAAUGAUUAUUCACUUCCAGAAGAAUGAAAAGAAUUCUCUACUGAUCUAUAUCACCACCAAUUUGAAGUACCUCAACUUUAACCUCCAUUUUGUGAGAAAGAUUAUCUUCUAUAUGUACGAAGCAUGUCUGUAUUCCCUUUGCCCAGCUGUGUACUUCUUGAGGACUUCCCCUUAUGACUUAAGCAAGGAGAACCUAUUCACUUCCUUGUUGCGUGUCGUGAAGAGGUUAUCUCGCACGGAGGUGGCAACGAAAUUGUUGGAGCUUCGUUAUGUGUGGAUUUGUCUGAUAGAAGCAAAAGGAGAUGUGAAGGGAGAGACACCUAGAGGAGACCCUCCACAGAACAUCGAAAAAGGGCAGGGAAGAGAAAAUCUCUCCAAAAGUAGCACAGUAGAAAUAUUGUACAGUUCGAAGAUUUUAAACCCUUUCAAUUUUUACCUGAAGGAAGCACAAAUGGAUAACCCCUCAUUUGACCAACACAUUUGUAACCACGUGAAGGAUGCAGAAAAAGAAGUUCAAAUGUAUAACUUAGGAAAAGAAGGAACGUACAAUUUGGUGAAUUAUCUGUGGAGUAAAUUUGAAAUAAUGCCGCAACUGCAUGAUUUGUGUUUUCUUCUGAAAGGACUCAAUGUUCAGUUGGAUCCAUUUUACUAUGCCAGUGAAGAAAAUCACGAAAUGGUAGAGGAACUCUUCGACGCUGAUGAGGAUGACUAUGUCAAGCACUGCCUUCUUAUCAGUGUGCUGAACAGAGAUUCUAUUAACGCUCUUAAAAUUAAGAAUGUGAAAAACAAUUUGUCCUAUUUUUUAUAUUCUAAUGAGAAAUACCACAAAUGCUUCAUACACUUUUACCUUUACCACAGUGCACUAAAAUUAGGCAAUUUAAAAAAGGUGUCGACACAUUUAUUUACGCACCUUCUGAAGCGCCCUCUAAAGGACGUUUGCAGAAACAUUGAAUUCAAUUUCACCAAAUGGAUGCUCCUACACAGAAAGCGAAUGGAGAAAUUUUUGCACUUUUACAAUGUGAUCAACAGACUUGGAGUGGAUCACCCUGAGGUCCUAAUUAAAUUAGUUACCGAUAAUUUAUAUCGAGUGGAUUACCUUCUGUUUCUCCACCUGGCACAUGCCAAUGGAGAAGACGACCCUCCUUCAGCUGAGCGUAUAAUCUUGAAACUGCUCAUGGUGCUCUUCUUUACAUCGCGCACAAAUCCAGAUGCCAACUUUUCAGUGAAUGAUUUUUUCCACUUUUGCGCGGCCCAGACCCAAGGGGGAAGGGACUUACCCUCAUUGGAACAAUGUUCCCAAUGUGAUAUAACCCUUGAGGGUGAAUUCUGUAAGGAUGAUCAAGUCGCUCUAGUGGGUGAGGAGGUGAAGGGAGCGAGCUUAUUCAAGGAAGUUAGAGAAGGCGAAUACCCCAACGCACUCACAGCGCACGGAAAGAGUUUCGUGGAGACUGACGAUGAGCUGUACAUUGAUAAGCGCCUGGAGGUGCACGAUGAGGGGGAUCAGAACUUUUCCGACACCGAGGAAGCCAAUCAAAACAUAGAAGGAAAUUUCUCCGUUGUAAGUAUUUCCCCUCUAAGUGUGAAGGAGGAAAGCACAUCCACGGGGGAGCAUUACGAGUACACGGACCAAGAAAAAAGCCUCAUCACCGACAUAAACAAUUUCUUCCAAAAGGAUGAUGGACUUGGGGGCGCAGAUGACAUCGAUGUACCACGCGGAAGAGGCAACCCACGGGGCAUCCAUGUCGACCUGGACGAGAGAAAAAUUGGACAAAUUGAAAAGGGGCUCAACGGUCAGUCAACGCAGGCAACCGGAGCAGUCGAAGAAAACGAACAGCGCAACGCUGUGGCCUCCUUCUGCUGUGAACGCAUAACCCUCCAGCAGGUAAUAAAAAGGGUUAUAAAGAACGAACUGAAGGCAAUUUUGUUCAUCCGCUUUUCCAGGAGAGUAACUGUAUUCAAUUUGUAUGAUAAGGCAAAGCAGAUUAACCACUUUCUGCAUAGCUUGGGUGGACGCAAUGUCUUCUUUUCCCUCGAGAUGAUGGUCCUACUACUGUGGAAGAAUAAAAGAAGGAAGUCCAGGAACAGGUUCAUUUUUCACUUUUUUACGCUUCUGAACGUUUUGCACUUUGUGAAGGAAGGGAGAGAUUUCCAACCAAAUGAGCAGAACAAGGAUCACACAUUGGAGACCCCCUCAGAGGAUAACAUACCCAAUGAGGAUGACCAUGUCCAGAACAAGGAGAGCAUCAUCAAAAGCUUAAUCGUACUUCUCCUCAUUAAUCUGUCUAAUAUAUUUCUACCAACCGUGAACAAACUGUACUUGUUGGAAGAGAAACAGCACCUCCUGUUCGACAGACAGAGGAAACAGAUAAGCACCAAACACGACGUCGAGAACUUUAUUCGUAUAAUUCUGAACCUAAUCGACGAGAUGUAUCUUAAGGGUUAUGAAUUUGUAUAUCUAAGUCUCCUCCUUUUGAUGGAGUACGUAAUAGAGCUUCUAUGUGAGGACAGUGAUGUAGCAAUCCCCCCCACCCUAGCGCACAUUUUCAAAUGUAAUAAAAUGCAAAUAUUGUUAGAUGACUAUGCAAAACGUUACCAGUCAAUAGAGGAGGGAAAAACGAAGGAGAAAAUGAAAACAAGUGUCUACACCGCUUUCCUAACCCAACAAACAUAUGACAAAAUUAGAAGUAUGAUGAGUCGUAUUUACUUGAAGCUCCUUUCCAAUUGUGAUAAAUCCAUUGUGCUAGUCUGCAAAAUUAUUAUAGGGAACAGAAUCAACUUGGAAGACGAAAAGGAAUUAUUUAAAAAAUUCAAGAGCACUAUACUCACAUUCUUUACAUUAAAUUAUUCUCAAAUAAAGGCGAAUAAAAAUAACUUGCUCCUACAGAAUAAUACGAACAGUAUGAUGAAGAGAGAUAAGAAUGACCUAUUUCAAACGAAGAUUUCUUCCUUCGUUAAGGUACUCCUGGUGAUAAUGCAUUACAACAUUGGUUCUUUCAAACAUUGGGAUUAUUACGAAACUAUUAAGCAGAUAAUGACCGAUGGAGAGUGGUUCCACAUUUUUGACGCCAAGUACGCAAGGGAGUCAGCUGAAAUGAACUUUCUCUGGAAAAAAUACACCCGGAGGGGAAAUAUGUACGCCGCGCAAGGAGGUGGACCCAUGGAAAACACACCCAACGUGAGAAAUAAUAUCAACGAGGGUAUUACAGAUAAUACUGUUGCUGCACCUGUCCCCCUUGAGGUAACACAAGCGCUAGAAGAGGAGGAUGACGAAGUUGCCCUUGUGGAAGAUCUACAUAGUUGGGACUCCUCCAGUGGUAGCCAUACCGAAAUGAAAAAAACGCUGCUCUUUUAUUUGCAAAAUUGCAAAGAGGGGGAGGAAAGUGACAAGCAGAAGGAAGUCGACGAGGGGGAUUCAUCAGGUCUGCUAAGUUCGAAUGAGGUUCUACAGGGGAAUUCCACAUGGGGUUCGGGUAUUCUGGAUCGUAGCAAUGACCCCUACGUAGGGGGAGAAGAGAAGAAUAAGAGCGCUGACAUAUUGGAGAGGAAGGAUGUGGUGUCCGGAAUUUCCCACACCGCAAUGAAGGAGCUGUCACCGCAGGGUAGAGCAAAGAAUAUGGUGGAUCCGUCACAGAAGGGAGAUAAUAAACUUCUGAAGAGUGGAACCCCCAAUGAGGAAGACCUCCAGGAGGAAGAUCAUUUUCAAUUUAACACCUCCAAAGUGCGCGAAACCAUCCUGAAUGAUUAUGGAAAAGGCUUCCUCUCGAAGUACAUAAACAAACUUACCACGAAGGAAGAGUGCCAAGAGAGAGUGAAACAAGUAGGAAGGAAAUCCAAAAUGAUGAACCUAGUAAAGUAUGCAGCAUACAUUCUACGAUACUGGAACAUCGAAAUAGAGGAAUUACAAAAAGGAGAAAGAGAAGAAGGGUUCCAAAUUUUAAUUUUUUUUGCAAACCAUUUUCAUUUUUUCGAAAAUUUUAUCAAGUAUAAAGUUAUUUUAAAAUUAUACAUGCACAAUGAGCUGAACCUGGCUGACGAACUGCUGAAGCAGAGGAGUAGGAUGUGGUCUUGGUACCGCAAUGACGUGAAAAUAAAAAGCUCCAUUGAGGAAUACCUCAUGAAGGAUAUAUGCUACACUAAUUUCUUCACUGGGAAAGGGGAUAACGAGACGUUUCUACGCUCAUUUAACCGAGUGUUAAGAAGGGGCCACUGGAUUGGUGGUCCCCUUUCACAUCACGAAGGGGAACCUAUCCUCACGCCACCCACCAGUUGCUUCUACCUAACAAACUAUCACAACAAUAAGUUUAACAGAACCUUUUUCAAAAGCAUAUAUAUGCAGCAUUAUGCCUUCAGAAAGUACUGCAAUGAUGUAAGUGGUGGAAAACACUUGGAUGGAUAUCUCCCCAAGGGAAGACAGUUGGACUCUGAAGCUACACAUCGGGCGAAGAACAUAACUGAGCGUCAGGAAAUAAAACAUAAUGAGCCAAAUCAUACUUACAAUUUGCGUGAUAUGCAGAGUCACUCCCCUGAACAGAGGAGUAGCAACUUCCCCCUGUUCUACCUCUCGUUCAUGGACCUCUACGCACGCACCGCAGAUGUUCACGACUUCUACUUGCAGGCUAUCAUAUUCAAGUUAAUGAAGGAGGAGGAACUACACCUUACGAAAGCGAAACAAUAUCAGGAAGAUCUGCAAACAUAUCUCCAGAAUAUGUUAAACCAGUACGACUUAUAUUUGAUGCUUCUACAUUACCAGUUACUUACCUUCCAGUCUGUUUGCUACAACAACACGUGCACGAAUUUUCUUAAUCGACGUGAACAGAAGUUGGUUCACUACCUCUGGGUCAGACUCACGCAAGACCUAAUGAAGAAGUAUCGGUCCAACAUAAACCCAGCCAAUGCAUUCCUCUGA